GAAGAAGAAGAAGAGGAGUAGGUUGGAGAGAAUUGAGUAUGAUUUGGCUAAGGCUCGAGUAGCUAUUAGUCAAGCUAUUGUUUCCAAAAGUUUCAAGUCUGAUAAGAAUGAGACCUUUGUACCAAGAGGUUCCAUAUACAGAAAUCCAUAUGCUUUUCAUCAGAGUCAUAUAGAGAUGGUGAAGAGAUUCAAAGUGUGGAGCUACAAGGAAGGAGAAAGGCCAAUAUUCCACAUGGGCCCAAUGAGUAACAUCUAUGCAAUUGAAGGACAAUUCAUAGAAGAAAUAGAUAGUGAGGAGAGCCCUUUCAGGGCUAAGCAUCCUGAGGAUGCACACACAUUUUUUAUGCCCAUAAGUGUAGCUAACAUCAUUAAGUUUAUUUAUAGCCCUGUUAUUUACCCAUCUGACUACAAACGAGAUCGCCUCUGUCGACUGAUGAAUGAUUAUGUUAGUGUUGUGGCCAAUAAGUAUCCAUUUUGGAACACAAGCACUGGUGCUGAUCAUUUCAUGAUUUCCUGCCAUGAUUGGGGUCCACAAGUAUCAUAUGAAAAACAACCUCAGCUUUUUAAGAACUUCAUGAGAGUUCUAUGCAAUGCCAACAUCUCAGAAGGAUUUCUGCCCAAAAGAGAUGUCUCACUGCCUGAAAUAUAUUUGAUAAAAGGAACAUUGGGCCCAGCAGAUUUGGGCCGAGCUCCACACAUGCGCUCAAAAUUGGCAUUUUUUGCUGGUAGACUCCACGGAUACAUUAGAGAGAUCUUGUUCCAAAACUGGAAAGACAAAGACAGUGAUAUCCAGGUCUUUGAGAAUGUUCCAAGAGGGCUAAACUACACUAAGCUAAUGGGCGAAAGUAAGUAUUGCUUGUGCCCAAGUGGGUACGAAGUGGCUAGCCCAAGAGUUGUGGAGGCAAUCAAUGCAGGGUGUGUCCCCGUGAUUAUCUCUGAUAGUUAUUCAUUACCCUUUAGUGAUGUACUUGAUUGGAACGAAUUUACCAUACAAAUCCCAAUCUCAAAAAUACCAGAAAUUAAGAACAUCUUAAGUAAUAUUCCAAAUGAGAAGUACGUGAGAUUAUAUAAUAAGGUUUCUCAAGUGAAGAGACAUUUUGUAUUGAAUCGACCAGCUCAGCCAUUUGAUGUGAUUCACAUGGUACUUCACUCUAUUUGGUUAAGAAGACUCAACUUUAAGAUUAGAAAUUUGAAUAGCUUGUGAUUAAUCUUUUAUUAUUUUAUUUGUUGUCUCUUUCAAUG